AUGCUUAAAAUCGUUAAAAAUUGGCUUUCACAAAAUGCGAAUUGCGAUCUGGCUGUUUUCGAUGAGCUUUUAAGACGUCGCUUACGACGCUCUCGAUUUUAUAGGAAAUUAAAGGAAAGAAUAAUUGAAGCACAUGAACCAUCUUGCCGUUUUCGCAAGGGCUCAUUUCACUGUAAUCGAUCAAUCCCUUUGAAUGAUCUUCAUAGUAGCAAUUUAUCUUCUAGCAUUCGUGCCAUAUCGACUUUAAACUUUAAAGAUGUUGAAAUUGUAUCAUUGUUAUCAUCUGAACCACGCUUAAAACAUGUGGAUUUUAAUUCAGAUCGGGGCAAAAUGGCAUUAUUAAUAUCUUCGGGUUGGAAAAAAAGUGGUAUAGAUGAUGCAGUUGAGUGCCAUUACUGCGGCAGAACAGUUGGGCUUUGGUUAUUUAGAAAUAAGAAACAAUUCAAUGUUGAACAGCAGCAUUAUAAAUGGUGUGGUCAUACUUUUGAUAUUGAUUCCGAUUACCAGAAGAUUAUGAAAUUUAUUACACUUAAGAAAUUAUGCGAAAAGAAACCGGCUAAAGCGGAAUUUGAUGCGCGAUUAUGUCGAGUUUGCAAAAGAAACAAAGUUUAA